UAUGACGUGCUUUGAGAUCGCCAUCAUAAAGUUGCAGCACAUUGCUAAAGACAGACACGAGUGACAUGAGCUCUUAAGCGACAUUAUUCAUGAGGUUAUAACGGCCUGCGACGCGUCUGUGUUGCUCGUAUUGUCGUUUAGAGCUGUUAGUGAUUUCGCGGCGGUGUGUUUGUGUGCGCUGAAGGCCGAUGGCAUCUGCCGGGGAUGGCAGCGUGGACUCUAAAGCGGAGCUGAGCGCUCUGCUGGAGCAGUGGGAGAGAGAACAGCAGGGAGGCACAAGCGAACUGCUCCACAUACUGACCAAGAUUUCGGAGCUUGUUGAAAGGGAGACGGAGGAGUAUCACAAGGCUGAUCCUGACCCGUUUGAUGACCGCCAUCCAGGGCGGGCAGACCCAGAGUGCAUGCUGGGACACCUGUUGAAAAUCUUGUUCAAGAAUGAUGACUUUAUGAAUGCGCUUGUGAACUCAUACGUGAUGAGUAGCCGUGAGGUGGCGCUGAACACGGCUGCAUGCAGACUGCUGUUGAACAUCAUGCCUGGCCUUGAGACGGCUGUGGUCUUUCAAGAGAAGGAGGGGAUUGUGGAGCGAUUGUUUAAAUGGGCUCAGGAGGCAGAGCAGCCCCUCCGAAUCUACGCCACAGGCCUGCUGGCAGGAGCCAUGGAGAACCAGGACAUCGCCGCCAACUAUCGCGAGGAAAACUCUGUACUGGUUCCUUUGAUGCUGCAGAGACUGAGGGAGCUUCCGGAAAAGGAGGCAGAGAACAGGAAGGACAGUAAGCGUCCAAGCAAGAGUCUCGCUCCACUGCUGCCCCUGGACGAGGAGGCCGUGGACGGAGAGUUCGCUCCUAACGCUCCUAACUCCGAGAAUCACGACUCGAGAAGAACCGACUCUGACGCUGAGCUGCAGCCCGUCUCUGCUGUGAGGAGCGUGGGGAGAUGUAACACUGGCAUGAAGGGCCUGAUGAAGCCCGCUGCAGCACUCCCUUUAGAGAUGGAUGAAGUGUGCCCGCUCACACCUGGAAUAGAGCAGCGCCUCAUCCUCCAGUACCUCACCCCGCUGGGAGAAUACCAGGAGUUGUUGGCUGUUUUCAUGCAGCUGGGAGCUCGUGAGCUGCUGAUGCACUACAUGGACCUCAAACAAACGAACGACGUUCAGCUCACGUUUGAAGCCCUGAAGUAUCUUGCGUCUCUCCUCCUUCAUAAAAAGUUUGCGGCCGAGUUUGUCUCGCAUGGCGGAGUGCCAAAGCUACUGGAGAUCCCGCGACCCUCCAUGGCUGCCACCGGCGUCUCUCUGUGCCUCUAUUACCUGGCAUACAACCAGGACGCUAUGGAGAGGGUGUGUAUGCUGCCGCAUUCGCUGCUGUCGGAGGUGGUGAGCUACACGCUGUGGCUCCUGGAGUGCUCUCACGCCUCCGGCUGCUGCCACGCCACCAUGUUCUUCUCCAUCUGUUUCUCCUUCAGAGCCGUGCUCGAGCUCUUCGACCAUCAGGACGGGCUGCGGCGGCUCGUCAACCUGAUUAGCACUCUGGAGAUUUUGAACCCAGAGGACCAGGGCGCUCUGUUGAGCGACGAUGAGAUCUUCUCAAGCAGACAGACUGCAAAACAUACCUGCAUGGCGCUGCGCAGGUAUUUUGAGGCUCACCUGGCCAUUAAAGUCGAGCAGGUCAAACAGUCGCUGCAGCGUACAGAGGGAGGAGCGCAGAUUCACCCGCAGCCUUAUUACAAGGCUUGCUCCUACACCCAUGAGCAGGUGGUAGAAAUGGUGGAGUUCCUGAUUGAGUUCGGACCGGCGCGUUUGUACUGGGAGCCUGCCGAGUUCUUCCACAAACUGUCCUGUGUGCAGCUCCUUUUGCAGCUCAUUUCUAUCGCCUGUGACUGGAGAACAUACUACGGCAGGGCUGACACCGUGAGGUACGCUUUGGAUAUCUUGAGCAUUUUGACAGUCAUUCCUAAAACGCAGCUGCUGUUGUCGGAGAACGUCGCUGUGCUGGAUGAGAAUGGCUCCACCAUCUCCACUGUUGGUAUGAGCAUAGUGCUGGUCGUCGCAGAGGGUGAAGUAUUUGUAAAUGACGCAGAAAUCCAGAAGUCGGCCCUGCAGGUGAUCAUAAACUGCGUCUGCGCUCCAGACAAACGCGUCUCUAGCAUCGGCAAGUUCAUCUCGGGCACCCCGCGUCGCCGUCUGCCACAGACCCACCGCGCCAGCGAGAGCGUCCUGGUCAAGAUGUGGAACGUGGUUCAGUCGAACAAUGGCAUUAAAGUCCUGCUGUCCCUGCUCACCAUCAAGAUGCCCAUCACCGAUGCCGAUCAGAUUCGCGCUCUGGCGUGCAAAGCCCUAGUUGGGUUGGCACGUAGCGCCGCGGUGCGACAGAUCAUCAGCAAGCUUCCGCUGUUCAGCAGCGGACAGAUCCAGCAGCUGAUGAAAGAGCCUGUGCUUCAGGACAAGCGCAGCGAGCAUGUGCGCUUCUGCAAGUAUGCAGCAGAACUCAUAGAGCGAGUGUCCGGAAAGCCGCUGCUGAUCGGCACAGAUGUUUCCCUGGCGCGGCUGCAGCGGGCUAGUGUCGUGGCACAGUCACGCAUUUCGUUUCCCGAGAAGGAGCUUCUGUUGCUUAUUCGGAAUCAUCUUAUGUCUAAAGGUCUCACAGACACAGCAACAGCACUGACGAAAGAAGCCGAGCUGCCCAUGGGGCUGCAUGCUCUGGCUCACGCUAGCGUGCCGCCGUUCACUCCCGUUUCUGUCGCGACGCCUCCUUCACCCGCCGCUGGCAUCCCACGGACUCCUCGGCUCACUAACGGAGUCGCGGCCCGUCUGGGUGGCCACACCCCCCACGUGCUUCCUCUUCACCAGCCCCGCCCCUCCACCUCACAGGCUCCGCCCCCUCCACCGCCUGCAGUCUCCCACCACAGUAAUGGCUCUCCGCUCAUCGGACGCAUAGUGUUCUCGCGAGAGCGGCCGUCACCGUGUGCAGCUGCGGGAGGGAAGAGGCCAAAAGUGUUGCGGCAGAAAUCUGAUCAUGGUGCUUUCAGCCAGAGUCCGGCCAUGAAAAAGCAGCUGGACAGACAUCUGCCCUCUCCACCAACUCUAGACAGUAUCAUAACCGAGUAUUUACGAGAGCAGCACGCCCGCUGCAAGAACCCAGUGACCACAUGUCCUCCCUUCAGCCUCUUCACACCGCAUCAGUGCCCAGAGUCCAAGCAGAGACGCCAGGCACCCACCAAUUUCACUCCUCGCCACACACGCAGGGUCGUCUACCCCAAAUACGGUGGGGUUGAUGGAGGCUGUUUUGACAGGCAUCUCAUCUUCAGCAGGUUUCGGCCCAUCUCUGUGUUCAGGGAGGCUGAGGAGGAUGAGAGUGGCUUCAUGUGUUGUGCGUUCUCAGCGCGAGAGCGUUUCCUGAUGUUGGGCACAUGCACCGGACAGCUCAAACUCUACAAUGUGUUCAGUGGACAGGAGGAAGCCAGCUACAGCUGCCACAGCUCAGCCAUCACACACCUGGAGCCCUCCAGAGACGGUUCCCUGUUGUUGACUUCAGCUUCCUGGAGUUAUCCUUUAUCUGCGCUGUGGGGUAUGAAGUCCGUAUUCAUCAUGAAGCAUUCAUUCCUGGAUGAUCAUUAUGUGGAGUUCAGCAAACUCUCUCAGGACAGAGUCAUAGGAACAAAAGAGCACAUCGCACACAUAUAUGACAUUCAGUCUGGACAGAAACUCCUGACCCUCAAUAACCCUGACCUAGCCAACAACUACAAGCGCAACUGUGCCACGUUUAACCCCACGGAUGACCUGGUCCUGAACGACGGUGUCAUGUGGGACGUCCGCACCGCUCAGGCCAUCCAUAAGUUUGACAAGUUCAACAUGAACAUCAGCGGCGUUUUCCAUCCCAAUGGUUUAGAGGUCAUCAUCAACACGGAGAUUUGGGAUUUGAGGACGUUUCAUCUUCUUCACACAGUACCAGCACUAGAUCAGUGUCGGAUUGUCUUCAACAACAAUGGAACUGUCAUUUAUGGAGCCAUGUUGCAGGCUGACGAUGAGGAUGACAUGAUGGAGCAGCAGAUGAAGAGUCCAUUCGGAUCGUCCUUCAGGACCUUUGAUGCCACUGAUUAUAAACCCAUCGCCACCAUUGAUGUGAAGAGGAACAUUUUUGACCUGUGCACAGACACUAAAGACUGCUAUCUUGCUGUCAUUGAGAAUCAGGAUUCAAUAAAUAUGGACACUGUGUGUCGGCUGUAUGAAGUCGGUCGCCAGAGACUAGCUGAGGAGGAAGAGGAUGAGGAAGAUCAGGAGGAGGAUGAUCAGGAUGAAGAGGAUGACGAUGACUCCGAUGAUGACAUGGAUGACAUCGAUACCGACCCGCUGCUGGCAGAGCUGGAGAACGAGAACAACGGAGAGGAGGAGGAUGGCGAGCAGGACUUUUCUCCGUCUGAUGAUGAGGAAGUGGCUCGCCUGCUGGAUGAAGAGGCGGAUGAUGAUGAGGAUGACGACACUCUCUCUCUCUCUCUCUCACACACAGACAGCUCCGAUAACUCCGACCUGGAAGAUGACAUCAUCCUCUCCCUGAACGAGUGAUCCUCAAGUGCUCCGUGAGAAGAUCUGAGAGAAAUGUCACCGGAGGGCAGCAGCUGAUGAGUGUCAGGUCGUGGUGUUGGAUGGCCCAUGUGCACGCUGCCCCAAACAUGACAUCUACGCACCUGCAGGAAAAUUGUAAACAAACAUAGUUUUAUAUAAGGACAUCUCAUAUGAAACUAAUGUAAUUUGUCUGAUGUUUGUUUUUGGUAAAGUUUUUUCUACAACGUUGCCCUCUUUGAAUAUCGGAUCAUUUUAAAGAACUUGUACUGAUGGAUUUCGAGAGGGUGGCAUCCUUUCAACACUUGGCACAUGUGCACCCGUGUUGCAUUCAUACAUUAGCGUGUUUUGUGUUGUUUGACUGCUGUCGAGAGGGGUUCUGGGUAGCUCCGAUACACUGUUUGCAUGCGCAGAUAUGAACGUCUGGAUGUGUGUAUGCUCUCGACCUUUGACCUGCCCAGCACUCCUCAGGUGAUCUCGAGUUUGAUUUCAUCUAAGCAUCUGAAAAUCUAGUUGCUUAGACGUUUAGUUCAUCCAUUUUUGCUUUUUGAAUGGUAGUUUUGUUAGCCAUUGCAUCUGUUUCAUUUUACAAGAAAGCGCUUUUAAGGCCCUUUUUGUCGGCUGAUUGGAUUGAGAUGUUGCACCACAUUUAAUGAGCAAUAAUUUCCGUUGAUUUAUAAAUUCACAUAAAGGACUGUGAAGGCCUGUGGUACCUCUGACCUGUGCUCAGAUCUGCAGCGGUGUUGGCUUCUCUUUUGGAGGAAGUUAACCGCUGCCCUUGCAGAUGCACCUGUUUGCUUCUUAAACUGCUUUUCACGUGAAGUUAAACAUCUUUAAGCAUCUGUGUACAGCCUCCAUUUACUUUAUGGUUUAACUUUUUUGUUCAUGCCUUUCCAAAGUAAAGAUCUAAGGCAACAUUGUGUACAAAAUGUAUUAAAAAUAUUUUUACUAUAAAUGUUAUUACAAUAAA